AAAGGGAAGCAUAAAGACCCUUUCAGCUUCCGCUCGCUCUCACGUCCUCAAUAUUUUCUUCUCUCGCCCUCUCCUCCUCUCUUUCAGCAGCUCAGUUUCGCCGCCGCAUCUUUCCGGUUCAGUGCUGCCGGGUUUGCCCUAAUUUCCUUUUUCUCACUGGUCGGAAAAAAUGAAUGAGACGAUGAGACAAUUUCAACAGAGCUUAAUUGAGCUAGAAGCUGAAGCAGAGCGUCUCCUUGUAGCCCGCAACGAAUUGGUUGAAAACGAUAGAGUGAGAAAUGGGAAUAGAGAAGCAUUGACUGCUUUGAGGAGGCGAGCAAGGACAACAAAGUCUAGUGUUCCAUCGCCUUUUGAGUCAAUAAUGAAGGAGGUGGGGGGUUCUGAAUCGAGGCUAUUAGUGAAGGAGAUUUGCACUACCUGCGGGAAUCACGAUUCUAAUGAGCGCACAUGGAUGAUGUUCCCAGGAACUGAUGUGUUCGCCAGGGUACCAUUUCAUGCUGCUCAUACAAUCUUGGAGACAGAUGAGUCGAAACUUGACUUUGAGGCAAAGAAAUUACAGAGUUAUGUAAAAGACCAGUCCCUUCUGAUUUCAGAAAAAGGCGCCCUUGCUGACAAGAUCAGUCCGGGGGUGCUCAAGUCAUUGGUGACAUUGACAGACAAACGAAAAUGAUUUUGCCAUUCCUACUCCAAUAUGAAUGAGGUGGGCGUUGAGUUCAUCCAAGACCCUUGUUGCUGAUGGUUGUAAAAUUCUACCUUUGCCGUGACUUGGAUGGAGGACUGAUUCUCAUUCAUGUGUGGAAAACGCAAGUACAUUCUUUUUCACUUUUUACUGUAUUUACUACUCAUACAAUUGUGCGUGUUGGGUUGAUUUAGAAUAGAUCAUAUCUCCAAGUCUUUGCUUCUGUGACAGUUUUGAACUUUAUAUCCAAGUCUGUUUAGGUGCUUGCAGUAGUAACAUGUAAGAAUUUAGUCUGAACUGAUGGGAUUCUGGACUUGUGUGAUUGUCUCAUAUUACUGGAUUCUUACAUGUGUAGUAACCUGCAUUACGAUUUUGGCC